AUGGAAGAUAAGGAAAAAGGUAAAUAUAAUUCCUGGACUCAGGAUGAAACGAAAAUAUUGAUUGAAUUACUUGUGGAGGGAAUUAAACGUGGAUGGCGUGAUUCUAGUGGUAUAAUAAACAAGGCAACGGUAGAAAAUAAAAUACUACCAGUCCUCAAUGAAAGAGUUGGAUGCCAGAAACUCCACAAGCAUUAUCAAAGCAGGAUAAAGUUUUUGAAAAACCUAUACAAUAGCUAUGUUGAUCUUCAACGUAAUAGCUCUGGAUUUGGAUGGGAUUUUGAAACAAAAAGGUUUACAGCUUCUGAAGAAGUGUGGCAAGGAUAUUUGAAGGCACAUCCAAACCACCAGUAUAUGCGCUAUGACUCACAUGAACAGUUUGAAGAUUUGAAGAUAAUCUUUGAUGGUACAACUGCCAAUGGUGGCAAUUCACUUGGAUUAAGUGAUACUACUGAUGCUAGUACUUACCUUGUUGGUGAUUAUCAAGUGAAAGAAAAGUUUGGUGAAAGCAAUGAUGAUGUUACUGAUGUGGCUUUUGUUUCAAAACAAAAUCUGAAAGGUCAUAGAGAAAAACUGAUCCCAAGAAAGAGGUCUAGAACUGACGCAUGCUACAAUUCAGAGGAGCUGAAGAAUGAUGACAAUGAUUCCAUUGUUGCUGUGAACAAUAAGAUCCUUAAUAUCAUACAACAAAGGGAAGAGAGACAACAAAAAGAAGCUGAAAAAAGAGAGGAGAAACUCAGAUUGGAAGCUGAGCAACAAGAAGCUGAAAAAAAGAAAAACAAUGUUUGGGAUGCCAUGAAAGAGAUCACUAAUUUGGACCAGCGUACCAAAUUUAAAGCUGUGACUCUUAUCUAUUCCCUGGGGCUGAAAGAUGUUUUUGCAGAAAUGUCGGUAGAAGAACGCUUUGGUUGGAUCCAAACCAAUCUUAGCUAGAACUGAUCAUUGCUUCAGCUACAAGUGAUCCUUGUUU